AUGAAGAUGUUAUUCCUUUUGAUGUUCCUGAUGCACAAGGUAGUUACUCUGAGAUGCCCUUCAAGUGAAGCUUUCCCUGUUCCACAUGAGUGGUUCCAGCCUGGUGAUCUUGUCAUUGGUGGGAUGGUGUCUCACAUUUUUUACCACUUUUAUGAAAUUGAAUUUAAGGAACACCCUUCUCUAAAACCUUAUGACUUACCUCUUGUAAUAACCAAAUUCUACCAGCACGUCCUUGCCUUGGCCUUUGCUGUGAAGGAGAUCAAUGAGGACUCCAAGAUCUUACCUAACAUCACUCUUGGGUUCCACAUCUAUGAUAGUUACUACAACCCAAGCAUGACCUAUCGCUCCACUCUGGACCUCCUUUUCAAAUCCCAGGAAUUUGCCCCUAACUACAAAUGUUAUACCCAGAAGAAUCUCAUGGCCAUCAUUGGAGGAUUAGAUGUUCCUACUUCAUCCUACAUGGCACAAGUUAUAAGUAUCUUCAAGAUUCCACAGGAAGAAUUUCAGAAUAACAAAUUAUCUUCACUUUAUUGCAUGGUGCCAAAUGAGGACUAUCAGUACAUGGGAGUUAUACAACUUUUCCUCCAUUUUGGAUGGACAUGGAUUGGAGUCUUUGCAUUUGCAACUACGGGAGAACGUUUUUUGCAGAAACUGCAGCCAUUGCUUUCACAGAAUGGGAUCUGUUUAGCUUUCACACAAAACAUUCCACAACAUAUCCACUUAGAAGAUUUGUCAGAAUUGUUCGAUUCAGUCUCAAUUAUUUCUAAUAAAUUGAUCGAUCAGAAAACAAAUGUUUUUCUUGUAUACGGAGAAUCAUUCACAAUAGUGUGGCUCAGAACUGUCAUGUUUCUACGUGAUCCAGAAAAUAAAAACAGAUCAUUAUUCAGAAAGGUUUGGAUCCUGAUGAACCCAAUUGAUUUCAUACUGACGGGAAUUCAAAAGAGUUGGGAUCUCCAAAUGUACCAUGGGGCUCUUUCCUUUACUGUGCAUUCAAGAGAAGUUAAAGGCUUCAAAGAAUUUCUUCAAGUCAUCAAACCUUCCACCCACAAAGAUGGAUUUCUUCAAGAGGUUUGGCAACAAUUGUUUGACUGCGUGUUUUUAAAGGAAGACUUACCUUCAUCUAUCAGUGGAACCUGUACUGGGGAAGAGAAUUUGGAGAAUCUGCCUGCACCUCUGUUUGAGUUGAAGAUGACUAGCCAAAGCUACAGCAUCUACAAUGCUGUUUAUGCAGUGGCACAUUCUUUGCAUGAGGCAGUGAGAUCAAGUCCCAAAUGGACAAAAAUUCAAAAGGUUGAAUUUCCAAAUCUGCAGCCUUGGCAGCUCCACCAGUUACUUCAAGAGAUUUCUUUUAACAACUCAGCUGGAGAAAGAGUCUUCUUUAAAGACAGAAGAGAAAGUCCAGGUGGCUUUGACAUUAUCAACAUGAUCACUUUCCCAAACAGAUCGUUUCAAAGAGUUAAAAUUGGAAAGUUACACCCCAAUGCUCCAAAAGGGAAAGAAGUUAUCAUUGAGAACACAAUCCUUUGGCACCCUGGUUUUAACCAGCAGUGCUUUGGUGCCUGGCCCAGCAAAGUGGAGCUGGGCGUGGUGAGGCGAGGCCCAGCAAAGCAGAGCUGGAUGAGGAGAGGGCCAUCAAAGCUGGGCAUGGCAAGGGACACUCCCAUUGUCAGAGCCAACAACAGGUCUCUCACUUAUACCCUCCUUGUCUCGCUUUUGUUCUGUUUUCUCUCCUCUUUUUUAUUUCUCAGCCAACCUGGCAAAGUGACCUGCCUUCUCAGACAACCAACUUUUGGAAUUACCUUCUCAGUGGCCAUUUCUAGUGUACUGGCCAAAACCAUAAUGGUGGUUGUGGCUUUCAUGGCCACUAAACCUGGAUCUCAAAUGAGGAAGUGGGUGGGGAAAAGAUUGGCCUUUGCUGCUGUCCUUUCCUGUUCUCUUGUUCAAGUAUGUAUUUGUACUCUUUGGUUGUCAACAUAUCCCCCAUUCCCUGAGUUAGAGAUGCACUUAGAGCCCCAAGAAGUGAUUUUACAGUGCAAUGAGGGAGCAGCUACAUUCUUCUAUUGUGUCUUGGGCUACAUGGGUUUCUUGGCCAUUGCCAGCUUCAUUGUGGCUUUCUUUGCCCGUAAAUUACCUGACAGUUUCAAUGAAGCCAAGUUCAUC